UGAGCAGUAUUUUAUGUGCUUACAUAAUUACUAAUCCGAUUAUGAUUUGUUAAUUAACGUUUUCCUUGAUUGCAAUUGUAUGUAAUAGAACGAUUUUGUGGUCUGUUUAACCAUUGUGGACUAAAAAAACACUAUUUUGAUGUCACUACUUCAUGAACUAUAUUUUGUACCGUAGUGUUUUCCGCUGGGAUGUACUUAGCCACUAACAACAUGGCCGACAGCAUCAAAGUUGUGGAUGAAGAUGCUGUAAAAAGAUUGCAUGCCAAGCACCCUUCAGGACAUUUACACAAGGGACAUGGAGUAGUUGCAGCUAAUUCGUCAAUUCCCAGUAAAUAUCAGACCAUUGUUACAGAUAAUUCUGAUAGAAAGGGUUUCAGUUCUAAAGCCAAAAGGUUUCAGUUCAAUGCUUUCUUGUCUGAGAAUCCUUCCCCCUGUAAUUAUGUAGGACAUAGUCAGUAUGACAAGGAUGGAGUCUCUUUUUCCAAAAAAGGCACAGGUAGUUUCGCAUCUAAGUCAAAAAGAUCCUUACGAUAUAAUGAUGUGUCGAGUGCACCAGGUCCAGGUAUUUAUGGUUUACCAGAUAUGUUAUCAAAUCGACAUGAUUUUAACAGAUCGGGAUCAACAAGCACCUUUCAAAAACCCAUAGCACAAAAAAGUAACAGAGUCAAAGGAAAUCCUGCACCAAAUUCUUAUGAUAUAUUUAAAUCAAAAGUUGGAAAAUGUAAUAAUGUUAGUGCAGAUGCUGCAUUUAAAUCUCGAUCUAAACGUGAAAUUAUAAAUGUGGCCGAGUCGAAACAGUUUCCAGCACCAUGGCAGUACAAUGUAAAGGAUGAAAUACUUCAUAGUAAUCCAAGAAUACCAGAAUCCAGUUUUAAAUCCAGAACAUUAAGAAGGAUUGGAUCCAAUCCAACUGAUGUUCCUGGACCAGGCACCUAUUUCUCACCUGAAGAUAACAACAUGCCUCUUAAAGUUAUUUUCCCGUAA